CCUGGCCUGAACCAGCGCCCAAAUUUUGAAGAGACACUUGGCAUCUAAUUAUCAUAUCAAAUCAGUUCUUUCGUGCCAGAGAAGAGAACCCUAAAAAUGGAAUUUUUGUAAAAUUUCGACCCAUGGAAUCAUUCGUGUCUUCGCUCCAAAAUUUCUUCAAAUCAUGGUUGCUGCAUUUCACAUUUCCAGUUCUGCAUUAUCCUUUCUGUUCGUGAUUUUCCAUCUUCUAACCCUAUAUCCCAUUUCUGGUCUUUCACUUGUUACCAUAGUCACUAGCAACCCCAACUUCGAUCCCCAAAUUGCUAUUCUUGGAGACGCCAAGUUCUCCGAUGAUGGCUCUCGUGUGCAACUUACGAGCCCUCAUGCCUCAAGCUCUGGUCUUCUCUUUUACAAGGAUCCCUUCAAAUUUCUCGGUUCUAGUCCCAGCAAAAUGUCAUCGUUUUCCACGGAGUUUGAGUUUGAGUUCUCUGGUAAUAAUGGGGAUAAUAUAUCUCUUAUUAUGGGUACCUAUAAUUUUGCAUCAAAAUUUCUGGGUCAAUUUCCAUUUGAGGUUUCUAGUGAGAAAGGGUAUCCGGAUAUUGAAUUUGGCGCAUCAAUGGAUGGCAAUGUAGGUGACUCUAAUACUAGUGAUGUAUUCGUAAGUGUUAAGAGUAGAGUGAAACUGAAGGCUUGGAUUAAUUAUGAUGCGAGUUCCAAAAGAUUAGAGGUUAGGUUAAGUAAAUUGAGGGAUAAAAGGCCAUAUUCGAUUGAUCUGUCUAAUAUGUGGGAAGUUAGUGAUGUUUAUGCGGCCUUAGGCUCAAGGAAUGGUAACAACUCAUUAGAGACAUAUUUUGUGUAUUCAUGGAGGUUUAGGUUGAGGAAUUUUCACUGGAUGCAUUCCUUACCAGUUGAUCCUCAUGUUUCUGUGGAUAAUAGCAAUGAGACUUUGAGAGUGCAUAGUAGGAGAUUCUGUCCUUUUACUAUUCUUGCUGGGAUGAUUUUUGCUACUGGAUGUGGAGCAUUAUUUGCGUUUAUGGUGCUAUUUGUGUGGGCAAUCUAUGUCAAUCGGCGCACUGUAUUUCCAAUUGAAGGUAAUGUGCAGCCAGUGGCAUUCAGGUAUGAAAAAUUCAGUGUAGGUGUGGAGAAAGAUGGGAAAGUGGUUAAGAAUUAGAGAUCAUGCAGUAUAUUACUUGUGAAUUUACUUGGCAAUAGAGCUCGCAGCGAAUGAAGUUAUGUUAUUAUAUAAGCACUAAAAGAGUGGCAAGUAGCAAGUGGCAAGUGGCAACAAGCUUGCUAUGUAGAGUCAAGAGUGUUCAUGGUGUUAUGCAUUUUGCAGACAACCACUGUGAUUGUUUUCCUAGAAAAUAGUUAGAAUGCCACGCUGUAUUAAUCUCUUCUUCUCUGUCUUCCCUCUCUUGUUUACUUAUUUUUCUUAAAGAUGCAGAAUGGAAGCAAAUGAUCCAUAUAGAUUAUAGUGGAUCCUAACUAGUUCAGAAAGACAA